AUGGAUUCUAGUGACUCUUAAGAUGAUUCAUAUUAAAAAGUAUUAAAAUUAUGAAUAAAGGAUUCGUUACUCGAAAUACUUAGAAUUGGAUAAUUCAAAAAACAAAAUGAAAGUAGAUAAUUAUCAAUCGAUUUUUCUAAUCAAGUGUUGAACUUAGGAAUGUUUACAAAACAAAAAUAAACUUAUAUUUAAAAUACAAAUCACACUAAAGAAUUAUAUAUUUCGGUGAUUAAAAGUAUUCUAAUAUAUAAAUUUAAGAGAUCAUAGAUCCAUAAGUUUAUUAUGUAAAAUCAACAUUUUGAGUAAACAGAAAAGAAAUUUAUACAGUCCAAAAAAAAAAACUGUAGGAAUUGAAGAUUAAUAAUUAGAAUAACAAGUUGAAAGAGUUUAUAAUACUGUAAGAAGAAAGAGUUGUAUCUGUUCAUUAUGUGGUCAUUAAGGUGAUUUUGAAAAACGUAUGAACACUUUUAAAGUGAAAACCUAGUAAUAAAUAAAUACUGAAAUACGGUUAUUAAAGUACAAUACAAGAAACCAAUUUAAGCAAUAAACUUUAAUUAGACUACACAAAAUAAAACAAAUAUAAAACUAAAACUGUCACAAUUCCAGUCUUUCAGCUUAAUUAGAUAAUUAAAUAUAGUAUAUUUAAACUCCAACAAUUACACCUACCUUAGUUGACAUUUAAUUAAAAUUCAAGAAGAAAACAACAAUUUAGCCUGUAGUAUUAAAAUAAUACUUACCUACUACAAAAAAUUAUUAUGUGAAAAAAUAUCAUCUUACCUCAAGAACAGGAGCCAAUAAUACUCCAACAUAAAAUACCUUGCCAUCUCUUAAGACUUUAAGUUAAAGUAGAAGAAAUCUGUUUGAUAAUAAAUAUUAUUGA